AUGGCCAAGCCCGCAGUCAACUACGGCCUAUACCUGGUCACAGACUCAACACCAGAGAUUCUUGGUGAUCGCAGCCUAGAACAAGUAGUUGAGGCUUCUUUGCGAGGCGGUGUCACCCUCCUUCAAUAUCGAGACAAGCACAGUGAGCGCCCAGUCGCUGUAGACACAGCCAGGAAGCUACACGCCAUUGCCCGUCGUUACAAUGUCCCCCUCCUCAUCAAUGAUCGUGUGGACAUUGCCGCUGAGAUAGACUGCGAGGGUGUUCAUAUUGGACAGGAUGAUAUGGCAUACGAAGAAGCAAGAAAUCUUCUUGGUCCCAACAAAAUCAUUGGCGUGACCGCAAGUUCAAAAGAAGAAGCGCUCAAGGCUUGCGAAGCCGGUGCUGACUACCUUGGUAUCGGAACUGUCUACUCAACUCAGACGAAAAAGGACACAAAAUCUAUCAUCGGUCCCUCGGGAGUCCGGGAUAUUCUCUCAGCCUUAUAUCAUGCUGGCUAUGAUUCCGUCCCUACUGUUUGUAUAGGCGGUAUCAACGCCAGCAACACUGCCCCUGUUCUCGCUGCAGCCAGGUCCCCCUCCAAGUCUCUCGAUGGAGUUGCUGUGGUGAGCGCCCUCAUCGCCGCUCCCGAGCCAGCUACCGUUGCCCGUGAUCUCCUCGGUAAAGUCAUCGUCGCCAAAAUCCCCGAAGUUAUCAGAGCCGUAGCCGACAAGACGCCCCUUUCUCAUAACAUGACCAACUUGGUCGUUCAAAACUUUGCCGCCAAUGUGGCUCUCUGUGUUGGGGCAAGCCCCAUCAUGGCCAACUAUGCGGAAGAAGCUGCUGAUCUCGCCAAACUUGGUGGUGCUCUUGUGGUCAACAUGGGCACCGUCACUCCUGAUGGACUUAAGAACUAUAUCCAAGCCAUCAAGGCCUACAAUGAAGCUGACAGACCCAUAAUCCUUGAUCCUGUCGGCGCUGGUGCUACCACCGUUCGUCGCAAUGCUGUCAAGACUCUUCUCGAUGCUGGGCAUUUUACCGUCAUCAAGGGCAAUGAGGGCGAGAUUCAGACUGUAGCGGGCGCCACAAUUACGCAACGGGGCGUCGACUCAACCUCUUCCCUCACUUUUCCCCAAAAGGCGUCCCUUGUACGCUCCAUCGCCUUGCAUCGGCACACCGUCGUCAUACUCACGGGCGCCACCGACCUCGUAAGUGACGGAACUCGUACUAUAGCCAUCAGCAAUGGACAUCCCUAUCUUGGCGAAGUCACAGGCACUGGGUGUACUCUUGGCACAACAGUCAGCGCCAUGGUUGCUGCGUACGACACUGACCCUCUUCUCGCUGCUGUCGCCGCAACUGUCAUGUUUGGACUCGCUGCUGAGCUCGCCGCUGAGAGGAACGAAGUCCGUGGACCAGGCUCAUUUGUGCCGACAUUCCUUGAUGAGCUGUACAAUAUCCAAAAGUCAACUGCCAAGGGCGACCUGCGGUGGCUGAAUAUGGCCAAGGUCAAGGCAGUUGAAGUGGAUAUCAAUGCCAUCCCUGGUGAAUAA